AUGUCUCUUCGAAACGUCUUCCUCCUCAUGAUCGCCAUGCAUUCGUGGGCCAUACGCUGUCUCACAAGCAGCAGGCUGGUGCUGUUACCCUCAAUAUGGAGAACUAUCUACUGGAGUUUUCAUAGCUGGUGGCAUCGCUAUUGGGUUCCCACAGACUGGAAAUCAUGGACAUCCAAGGGACAACUCAAAGGCCUACAGGAAGAGCUUGCGGCCACAGCAAAGCGAUGGUCUGACUUGGCGCCAUUUUUUGCCAGUCACAAUUAUUACCUUUACGAACGCACGAUCGGGCAUCGCACCUAUCCCUCCUCCACUGGGCCCACGCGCUUUCAGGGUGUUGCUGAACCUCCUUUCGCUCGUCCGAAAUUCAAAAACGAUGAAGACUUGGAGUUCACCGACAUCCAGGGUUGUAGGGUGUGGGCAGCGCGUGAUGGCGCAGGCCGGGAGGUCGUCAUCAAGCUCGUUGCAGCCCAAUGGGAGGAGUCCGACGAGCUCAAGAUCUAUCGUCGCAUUAACACUGCUGAAGCGAGAGCAGACCCCCGCAACCGUACACUGCCAGUUCUGGACUACAUCCACUACAACGGCCUGGUAUUUGUUGUUACUCCACGGUGGGGUCCAAUUAUGGUCGGAGCACCGCCUUUCACCAAGGUUGAACAGGUGCUCUCAAUGGUGGAACAGUAUUUCGAGGGUCUGGCAUUUCUCCACGAGCAUAGAAUCGCACAUCGCGACAUCACGAGCGGGAAUAUGGUGAUGAACGUCCUCUACUACCUCUAUCGCAACCGUGACACCUUCGAGGACCCUACAGAAUCAUCCACCGUCCGGUAUGCAUUCAUUGACUUCGAGGCUUCUGCAAUACUUCCCCUCGAAACCGACAUCGAGAAAGUGGAAAUGACACGGGACAUGAGGACCGGAGCCAGAAAUGCCCGCCUGAAGAGAGGCGAAUCUAAUCCAUUCAAAGAUGACGUCGCUAUCCUUGGAAAUAUUUUGCAGCGCUGGAAUCGUGUUAUCGAAGAUGUCGUUCCCGAGAUAGGGCCAUUCUUUGACAAUCUUGUGAAGGACGGCUGCACCAAUCCGCCAACCGCCGCCGUGGCCUUGAAGAAUCUGCAGGACAUCAAAUCAAGGUUAAACCAUGACCAACUGAACAAGCCUCCGUCCGGUCGAAUAUGGGACAAAGGCAAGGUUGAGCCGUACCCGUACGAGCGGUACCAGGUCUAUGAGAUGCUGUGGCUCGGAGGUCACACUGGGAGCAAACGAAAGCCAGUCCUCAUUCAACCUUAG